CCACCACGAAUCUAAUAACGACGAGGGGAGCAGUUUAUUUGGAGAGAUGGAGUUCAUGUUGGUGAAGAAUGAAGAGAUCGCAGGGAGGCGCCAUCUGAGCACAGCAGAUCCGGAGGCUGAGGCGGCCCGGUGUGUCAAGAGAAGGAGAAGAGACCCGCCUGCAGUUGGUGGCAACAGAGAGAGUCAGCAGCAGUUGGCACAAAAGCCGGCUGAUCAAACUUCUGCUGCCACCACAGUAAAGAGAAGCUCGAGAUUUCGCGGUGUCAGCAGGCAUCGGUGGACUGGUCGAUUCGAAGCUCACUUGUGGGACAAGCUAUCUUGGAAUUCAACACUGAAGAAGAAGGGGAAACAAGUUUAUCUUGGAGCUUACGAUGAAGAAGAAUCUGCUGCAAGAGCAUAUGAUCUAGCUGCACUUAAGUACUGGGGAGCAUCGACUUUCACCAACUUUCCGAUAUCUGACUACGACAACGAAAUCGAGAUCAUGCAAUCUGUGACAAAAGAAGAGUAUUUGGCCUCGUUAAGAAGAAAGAGCAGUGGAUUUUCAAGAGGUGUAUCGAAGUACAGAGGAGUUGCAAGGCACCAUCACAACGGUAGAUGGGAAGCGAGAAUUGGAAGAGUUUUUGGAAAUAAGUACCUUUACCUUGGCACUUACGGUACGCAAGAGGAAGCAGCUCGUGCCUAUGACAUUGCAGCAAUUGAGUACAGAGGGAUCAAUGCCGUGACCAACUUUGACUUGAGUUCUUACAUAACAUGGUUGAAGCCAAGAGCAGACAACGUGAUAGCUACUCCACAGGUACCAGAGGCAGUCACAAAGCCCAAGAAUACACCAUUCGCGGCCAGCAGCUACAUCACAACCGAGGAAUCUCCCUUCUCACUCACAAAUCCUUUUGCCUCUGAUUACGUACACUCUCCUCGAAAGCAAGAAGUUAUCAGCAGCAGCAAAUCAUCUUCUCCCACCGCGCUUGGCCUACUCCUCCAAUCUUCAGUAUUCAGAGAACUGGUUCAGAAGAACUCAAGUUUCUCGGAGGAUGAUAGCACUGACGGUGAAGAACCAAAGAACCAACCGCAGGCUGAUAGCGAUGAUGAGUUCGGUGGAAUAAUCUACAACGGAAUUGGUGGCAGCCCUUUUGUUAGCUCUUCCAACACUGAUGGAGACUUUACAUGGAAUAGCUUUACAAGCUCGAUUUUCGCGUAGUCAAUCAACACAAGCGGAUGCCUCAGACUCGAAAUGUUUCUUUUCUUAGACACAAACGAAACGAAACAGAACUUGUUCAUACUUGUAAAUAGCAGAAAUGGAGCAUCAAAAGUAAAUAGCAUGAGAUUUGGUGCUGCAUUUCGUUGUAAAUUAAACCACGUAAAGCAUUGCUUACAUGUAAUAUUCUCAAUUACAUCGAGUG